AUCCACUCGUAGAUUUCCAUUUAAUGUUAAAGUGGUGGUUUUACGGUGAUGGGUGACAACGCAGCGGAGGGUUUGGGUGAGAUGUCGAAAGCCGAGGUCCUGCGGGGAUUCGUCACCGAAAGACUCGCCGCUGCCUCCCGGGAAAUCCUGGCGGUCGUGGACACGAUCGUGGCCGCGUACGAGGAGGAGGCUUCGGGCUACAAGGAGACGAUCGACCGGCAGGGGAGACAGCUGGAGCUCCUGCAGCCUGAUGCAAAGUGCAGCAGGAGCCUCAACUCUGAUGAAGAAGAGGACUGUGAAGAUGAGCAGCCCCAAGAGCAUCUGGAGAACCUGGACGUGACUGGUCCAUCAAGGUCUUUCCAACCUCGAUGUCGGUACAGGAGGAGAAAGAUGACUAGCCGAUCUCAGAUCAGUGAGACCCAGAAGGGCGUGGAGCUCAGGAUCCGCAUCCUGGAGGACUCCCAGACCAGUGUGCUCUCCAAACAUGUGCUUAAGAAAUGUCCAAUCCUGAGGCUGAAGUGUCCCUGUGGUCUUCAGGAGGAAGACUUCGUCGACUUGCUGAGAUCCACCUUCCCUCAGCUGUCUGGAGACGAGAAGACAUUCGACAUCUUAACGGCAGACAAGAGACGGAGAUUACAGCUUCUGAAACUAAAGAAACUGACGCCAGAGGAGAUCCACAGAUACAUCAGCUCCUCGACAUUUAGGACGUCGACAGUCUGCGUUCGUCUGAAAACACAAAAGAAAACUCGGGUCACUGUAGAAGAGACUGACAACAACCCAGACAUGAAGACAGUUGACGAAGGAGGGCAACAGGCAAGCAGCCCUGUUCAGGAGGACAAAGGCAGCAGAGUCCACACUGUGUCCAACAGCUCAGUGUCACCUCAGCAGGAUGUGGGAACAGAGGAAGUCAAUGAUGAAGAACCAGCUGCAGCGUUUGUGUUGAGCUCUGCAGCUGAACUUAAGGAAGACGACAGCAACGACAACCAGAAACCAGACAGGAGCGGUGAAGAACAGAAGAAAAGUCAUUCUAAACCAAAGAUGAUGAAAAAACUGAAGGCGAGACGCUCUGAUGUCAUUGAGGAAAGCGUCCAUUCAUUUUCAUGUAGAGUCUGUGGAGCGCUGCACACAUCAGAGGUCAUGCUUGUCAAACAUACCUGGAGUCAUGCGGAUGAUCCAGGAAGCGUUUGUGGAGUUUGUGGAGAGUCCUCAGAGUCAAUGGAGGAGCUGAAGGAUCACCUUCAAAGUCGACACAAAACUGAUGACUGCCACGUUUGUGGACAAUCUUUCGUCAGUGUUCACAGCCUCAAUGAGCAUGUGGCAGCCCACCUAGGAGAGAAACCAUACAAAUGUAAUGUUUGCCACAGAUCAUUUGCGUUGGAGGCGUCCCUGAAGGAUCAUCGGAAGCUCCACGAGGUGGGUAAGCCUCAUAAAUGUUACACUUGUCACAAAGUGUUUGAACUCAAGGAGCAGUUAAAAGUUCACCGUAACGUUCAUUCUAAAAGGAAGUCGCAUCUCUGUGGCGUGUGUGGGAAAUCCCUCAGUGACUACCGAUCCUUAUGCCGCCACAAGAUGACCCACUCUGGGGAAAGGCCUCACAGCUGUAAGAUCUGUGGGAGGUCUUUCAAACUUCCUGGGACUCUGAAACAACAUGAGAAGAUUCACACAAACAGAGAAAGGUCAUAUCUCUGCGACGUUUGUUGUAAGAUGUUCCUGACAAGCCAGCAGCUGCAGAUUCACAUGAGAAGGCACACCAAUGAGAAGCCAUACCACUGUGGUGAAUGUGGCAGAGGUUUCUCCACCAAGGGACCUUUGACCGUUCACAUGCGGGUCCACACUGGGGAAGCACCAUACCGCUGCCCCGACUGUGGCUGGGCCUUCAAACGCAAAACGAACCUGGAUGGCCACGUUGCUCUCCACUCAGGGCUGAAACCGUUUGUGUGCGGAAUUUGUGGAAAAGCGUGCGCCCGUAAAACAUACUUGACCGUUCACAUGAGAACCCACAAUGGAGAGAGACCAUACAAGUGUACACAAUGUGACAAAGCCUUUACUCAGAGCCACUCUCUGAAAACACACAUGAAGAGCCACCAGGGAGUACAAUCAUCUUAACACUCAAAAUGGACUCUGUGUUCUUGUCUGUGUUUAGUGAUAGUUCAUAUGGAAGGAAUGUCUCCAAUAAAAAAACUUUGGUCAAUUUCUGUCACAUUCAAUGAUCUCAUUAUGGGUAAAUUGAGGACUUGAUAUCCUCCAAUCCCUGUUGCCAUCCUUCUGUAAAGUCUAUGGUUGAGCCCCCCUAUAAACUUUAAAAUGUCACCCUCGUGGUGGGAUUAGAAGAUGGGUUCACCAAAGUCAUUGAAAGGUAAUUUCUGCAACCAUGGCUGUCCUAAUAAAGCCCGUCUAUGGUUGAGGAUUAAAUAAGAUGGAACUACAGUGAUGAACUUCCUACAGGCAUUUAUAGGUACCAUUGGAGCAACACUGCUGUUCUCCCUGAAGUCUAAUUUAUGAUUGUGUCCAUAUGGGUCUGCAUGACCUAAAUACCGUCAACCUCCCACUCAUUUUUGUGGUCUAUUCUCGCCUAUUUUUGUGGACAAGAAUUUGAGCCCAUACAGAAAACAUGCUAAACAUCUCCAGAUAAGAACUACCAUCAGUGGUGCAACCAGUAUAAAUAUUUAUCGAAAACCUGGACUUGUUCUUGUGUGACACAGGAGGAACCAGGAACCAGACUAAGAAGAUUAAGUCAAUUUAAUGAAAAAACUCCAAGUGUGAAAAACAAAAAAACAAGUAAAAAAAAAAAGGCCACAAAGGAAGCACUGAGAUCUUCACAGGAACAAGGAAACAAGAACACAAACAAGGUAACUAACAAAAUAAAACAGGAAGUACCAAUAAACAAACAUAGGAUUUUGUAAAUCUUAAAGAAAUUUAUGUUCCUCUCUGCCACACAAUAUUUCAAGGAGCUGAGCUUCCACCUGGUCCUGGAUGCUUGAGAACCAAGAGAAGAGGUGCUGCAAAAAGAGACGAUGGUUAAGUAAAAAUUCCAUACACAGAAGUACAAGAUGGAACUGUGCCUGGGGCUGGACAAAUACAAUAAAGCUACCCAUCCACUGCACAACUUGCAUCAGAAUGGACUGAGUGGAGAAGAGCUGUGGUUAAUGUCAGAAGUGAUGCUCUGUGGUGACAGCACUGACGCCAUCAUAGUCAUCAUCCCGUCUAUGCACAUCCUGGGUGGGCGGGGUCAUCAACAUGGAGACUUGGAGGUCUUUCACUGAAGUCAGAGCAGAUGAAAAAGGAAAUGUAGAGAAUCAAUCAAGGGUUGAGUAACCUGUCAUUGACUGAUUGAUUGGUGAGUGAAUGUUACCUGUUGGUCUGUGUCGACAUAAAGACACCAUGAGGAGAGUGGAGAUGAAGUAUGGACAGAACACCACCAGG